AUGGACACGUCAUACUCGUCAUCGGCAAAGUGGCUAAUAGACUACUAUUGCGUGAUAUUCGAUGUCAUUUCGCCAGCGUGUGGGCUUGCGGUAGCGGUAUCCGCGGCAGUGCUCAUUUCCAUGUACAAGGACAUUGCCGACACAGUGACCGUGCGGGUAUCCGGGAUGAUAGGGCUCUGCGACGCCAUAUACCAAAUCAGCCAGCUCAUUAUCCGCGAGCUCUGCACAAAGGAGGGCAUGAACCAGCCGAGUGCAACAGCGCGGGUAUUCGCUUUCGCGUCGUACUUUUUCCCGCUCCUGGUGUCGUUCAUGACAAGUCGUGUCGCGCUGGACCUGGAGAUGAACUUUCUCGGGUGGUGGUCAAGCAACCGGCUUCUGCGAUGGGUUACGCGCCACUACGCAAAGGCCAGCUUCAACCCGGCCCUUCUAUACGUGCAGUGGACGUUCGGCAGCCUAACUUCAGACAUCUGCUACAUGGUGUUCGGGUUCUAUCUCUGGGUGCUACUGCAGUUGCUCAAUUUCGUUAUCGUUGUGGCCAUAGUCACGCUGAGACUGCAGGCUAACCUGCCCUCGCUGCAUCUGGAGCCGUCGCGAGCGGCACAGGCUGUAUGGAUGAUGGGCCAGGUCAUCGGCCCCCUGCAGUCCAUGUUCGACAUGGCUGUGUUCGCAGCACUGCCGCCGGUGCAAAGAGUCAUGCGCUGGUACUGGGCCCUGCACAAGGACACGGUCACUGCAGCACUGUACGUGGCCAUGUCUGGGUCACCGCGGGAGGCCUGGGUGCAGGAGGUCGCCGACCCGCGGAUAUCAAACUCCACAUUCUGA